AGCGGCUAGAAAUUCACCAUGUCUAUCCUGAAGCUGCAUGCCAGAGAGAUCUUCGACUCUCGUGGGAAUCCCACUGUUGAGGUGGAUCUCUGCGCCUCAAAAGGUCUCUUCAGAGCUGCUGUGCCCAGUGGUGCCCCAACUGGUAUCUCGGAGGCUCUGGAGCUCCGGGACAAUGACAAGACAUGCUACUUGGGCAAGGGUGUCUCAAAGGCUGUUGAGCACAUCAAUAAAACUAUUGCGCCUGCCCUGAUUAGCAAGAAACUGAGUGUCGUGGAGCAGGAGAAGAUCGACAUGCUGAUGAUAGAGAUGGACGGGACAGAGAACAAAUCUAAGUUUGGUGUAAACACCAUCCUGGGAGUGUCCCUGGCUGUCUGGAAGGCCAGGGCUGUAGAGAAGGGGGUGCCCCUGUACCGCCACAUUGCUGACCUGGCUGGCAAUGCUGAGGUCAUCCUGCCGGUCCUGGCUUUCAAUGUCAUCAAUGGUGGUUCCCACGCUGGCAACAAGUUGGCCAUGCAGAAGUUCAUGAUCCUCCCUGUCGGUGCUGCCAACUUCAAGGAAGCCAUGAGCAUUGAUGUGGAGGUUUACCACAACCUGAAUAACAUCAUCAAGGAGAAAUAUGGGAAAGACGCCACCAAUGUGGGGGACGAAGGCGGGUUUGCUUCCAACAUCCUGGAGAAUAAAGGAGCUCUGGAGCUGCUGAAGAACGCCAUUGGCAAAGCUGGCUACACUGACAAGGUGAUCAUCGGCAUGGAUGUAGCUGCCUCUAAGUUCUUCAGGUCAGGAAAGUAUGACCUGGAUUUCAAGUCGCCCGAUGACCUCAUCAGGUACAUCAGCCCUGACGAGCUGGCCAACCUGUACACAUCCUUCAUGAAGAACUACCCAGUGAUGUCCAUCGAAUACCCCUUUGACCAGGGCGACUAGGGGGCAUGGAGCAAGUUCACUGUUAGCACAGGCAUCCAGGCGGUGGGGGAUGACCUCACGGUGACCAACCCCAAGCGCAUUGACAAGGCCAUGAAUGAGAAGUGGUGCAACUGCCUCCUGCUCAAAGUGAACCAGAUCGGCUCCAUGACUGAGACGCUGCAGGCGUGCAAGCUGGCCCAGUCCAAUGGCUGGGGUGUCAUGGUGUCUCAACGCUCUGGGGAGACCGAGGAUACCUUCAUCACCAACCUGGUGGUGGGGCUCUGCACUGGACAGAUCAAGACUGGUGCACCUUGCCGAUCUGAGUGCUUGGCCAAGUACAACCAGCUCCUCAGAAUCGAAGAGGAACUGGGCAGCAAGGCCAAGUUCACUGGCAGGAACUUCAGAAACCCCCUCGCCAAGUAAGCCCCGAGCAGGCGAGCCCUGAGCCCUGCAGUCGCUGGGCAGCUAAGUAGACCUCUGCU